AUGAAUGGGCAUUUAAAUGUGAUGUACAAAAUAGGGGAUACAUAUAGAAAGGCUUAUUCGUAUUUUAAGCCAAUUGCAAAUUCUUCAUCUUUUAUUAAGAACGGGACAUUAACGCCAGCCGAAUUUGUAGACGCAGGCGAUUUUUUAACUCACAAGUUUAAAACCUGGGAAUGGAGAGAAGCGGAUGAGAAUAGGGCAGUCCCAUAUCUUCCAGAGAAAAAACAAUUUCUUAUAAGUCGAAAUGUUCCAUGCAAACAUAGAGUUAAAGAUUUAAACAAUAUUUUCCACAAUUUGGAUAUUAUUGAAAAUGAAUGGAUAUAUCCAAACUUUGAAGACGAAAAUAAUAAUUCUGAUAUUUAUGAAUACAUAAAUAUUCCUGAUUUAGCAGAAAAGACCCAGAAUAAAGAAGAGAAGAUUCCUCAAAUUGAAAAAGACAACGAUGAUGAGGAAGUUAUCGACAUAAAUAACUUUGACAUGGAAAAGGAUAUUAUUAAGGAAUAUGACCCUGCUGCCAUCGACCCUUCUAGGCUUUAUUUAGAAACAUUUGGAAAUGAUAAUAUUAUAAAUAUACGGUCAUAUGAUAUUAGCAUAACUUAUGAUAAAUAUUAUGAGACUCCUCGAAUAUGGCUAUUUGGAUAUAAUGAGAAUAGACACCCUUUAAAAUCCGAGGAAAUUUUUGAAGACAUAUUGUCGGACUAUAGUUACAAAACUGUUACUUAUGAAUCUCAUCCAUGUACAGGAAUAAUGACAGCGUCUAUUCAUCCUUGCAAACAUGCCGAAAUAAUGUUAAAUGUAAUAAACAAUUGGAUAGGAGAAGGGAAAGAGCCAAGACAUGAUUUAUACUUGCUUUUUCUUUUGAAAUUUAUAUCGGGAGUGAUACCCACGAUCGAGUACGAUUUUACAACGGACAUUGAAAUUCCAAGCUUGGUGAAAAACAGCAAAAUAGAAAAAAAAUGA